UUUAAGACUCUACGGGCAGCGUGAUGCUUAAACCAACCCCAACCAGUUUCCCCUACCCGUUCCAGGGUUUGGGAACAAAAUUUUACUUUUAAAGGACCUCUGCUGACGUCAUCUUUCGGCGACUUGUCGUUUGGAUUGCAACACAAAGGUGGUUGCUUCGGUCCUGAAGUGGCGAUAGUAUGGCGACCGCGGAAGCUCCGGUGUGGGAUGAGCACCAAGCUUAUGAGGAGCUGCUGUACUGGGACAGCCUGAUCCAACAGGGCCACCACCUCCACCCGCUUGAUUUCGAUAGAUACGAGGAGCUGCGUUACUGGUAUGACUGCCUGUGCUAUGAAGAAGAGCUGAGACAGUACCAUGACUACAUUGCUGCUAUUGAGGAGAUUGAGGACAAACUGCAUCACGAGGAAGCUGCAUCUUCCGAGGUGCACCUGAGGCCAUAUGAUCGUCAUGUUAUGGCCAAACACGUUGAAGUGUAUCCUUCAGCAGAGGAGCUGGAGGCGGUGCAGAAAAUCGUCUCCCAUGUGGAGUGUGCUUUGAAGACUGUGUCUGACCAGUUGUGUACUCCAAAAGAUUGCAAAGAAAAUACAGAGGCAGAGAGUGAUGAUUCAAAAGAGCGUGUCUUGCGUGGAGUCGUGAGGGUGGGCCUAGUGGCCAAAGGACUCCUGCUAAAGGGAGACAAGGAACUGGAGCUGGUGCUGCUUUGUUCCAGCAAGCCUACAGUCACCCUGCUGAGACAAGUGGCUGAAAAGCUAACUGUACAGUUAGAGGCUAUUGCAGUGGGGACAUACACAGUAAGCCAGUGUCCACAGGAUGCAGCCAUUGCUGUCACAAGCACCAAGGAGUCACUGCUAACACUUACUAUCCACCUGACAUCCCCCCUUGUCAGGACAGAGCAAGAGAGUGAAAACACAGAAACAGAAGAAACGCGAACAGUCAACGAUCCGCCGGACGUUCUGGACAGGCAGAAAUGCCUAACUGCCUUGGCGUCUCUCCGCCACGCCAAGUGGUUCCAGGCCAAAGUCAGUGACCUGAGUUCUGCCGUUGUGGUGCUCCGUAUCAUGAGGGACUUGUGUAACCGUGUUCCUACAUGGAUGCCGCUCUCAGGAUGGCCUCUUGAACUGCUGGUAGAGAAGGCUAUCGGUACAGCAGAGAGACCAAUGGGAGCAGGCGAGUCCCUCCGCAGGGUUUUAGAGUGUGUCGCCUCUGGAAUCCUCUUAGAAGACGGCCCUGGAAUUAAAGAUCCAUGUGAGAAGGAACCUGUUGAUGCCACUGCAUGUCUGACUCUGCAGCAGCGUGAAGACAUCACACACAGUUCUCAGUUUGCCUUGAGGCUGUGUGCAUUUGGACAGAUGCACAAAGUAUUGGGGAUGGACUACAAACCUGUAAAGCCCCGGAAAUCACUGGGAGCCAGCGGCAGAGAAGGCACAGCCCAGAUACCAUCUGCUGGACAUCCCAGCCUGCCGGCUAAGAGACCUUAUGCAGCUGUGGAGAAAGAAGAAGAAGAUGCUCAUCUCAACAGCAAGCAGAGGAAGUUUCUGAAGUUCCAGAAGCGAUUUAAGAGGAAAUCAUUCAAUGAUGAUUUUAGCAUGAAUGCUGUGAUGCGUUUGAACCAGUACAGACCUGGCCUGGACUACCGGCUUACAUCUCAGACUGGUCCAGUCCACGAACCGGUCUUCACAAUGGCAGUGGACUUAAAUGGGAAGACCUACGAGGCCACAGGGCCCUCCAAACGAGCUGCCAAGCUUAAUGUAGCCACCAAGGUCCUGCAAGAUCUUGGCCUUCCAAUAGGCUCAGAAUCUAAAUCUGUGUCCAGUAGUGAAGCUGAGGGAACUCAGGAACCACCCACCACUUCUACACUGUCAGAAGAUGGUCCCAUAUUGACCAAAAAUGGCAAGAACCCUGUGAUGGAGCUGAAUGAGAAGCGUCGCAGCCUGAAGUAUGAACUGUCUGCAGAGACGGGGGGCUCCCAUGAAAAGUGUUUCGUCAUGGAAGUGGAGGUUGAUGGGCAGAAGUUCAAAGGGAGAGGCUCUAAUAAAAAGGAGGCGAAAGCCUAUGCUGCCCUCGCAGCCCUGGAAAAGCUGUUCCCUGAUGACAAUGAGGGGUCAAACACAAACAAAUAUUUUUCAAAGAAGAAGGUCACCUAUACUGACAUGCACAUCCCGGGGUUUGGCACUAUCCGUGGCAUUCCUUCCGACUCUGGGUCUCGUGGCUGGGUUCCCACCAGAGGUAGAGGCAGAGGCCGUGGCAAACCGUUUCCUUCAGGACCCAGCUAUAACAAGACAAGCUACAGUUAUGAGAGCAGCACUGGCAGAGGCUAUCAUAAACUGUAUGGUAAUCACACAGCAAGCACCACAGGUAAAGGCACGGGCGCCAGCGCAUCAGCCACUAACAUUGGCUAUGGCACCUUUUACCCAGAGAGCAGCAGCAGCACCACCACCACCACAACCACCACCUACUCAUCCCCACCCAUCUCCAGCUCCAACUCUAACUCCAGCACCACAAAGGGCGAGAGCUACCAGUCGAUGCCUCCCCCCACUGAUCAGGAGAGCCCCUACAGCUACGGAUAUGGAGAUGAGAAGAAGAAGAUGCUGACCCAAGGUCAGACUGAGGGCCCGGGAGGAAAUUACUCCAUGUACAGCACAGCUUACCCCAGCUCAGUGACAGGGGGCCAGGUGUAUAAUAGUUACGGUUGGGGAGACCCGGCAUCCUGGGGGAAUCAGCAGGGCUAUGGCAUGUACCAGGACUAUGGAGGACAAAACCAAGGCUCAUACUCUGGAUAUAGCAACAUGAAUUACUAAGCAUGACGUAUUGUGCAGCCUUUCUAACCUCACUUUGCCAUCCUUUGACUUUUGAUUUAUUCUUCACCCUCAGUGAUGAUCCUGGGACUGGAAAAAAAGAGACUUUGUGUUGGAAUUUAGCUGUUUUUGUUUUGUUGCCCUUCACCCCAGUUGUCGGGUAAAAACUGUUUUAGGUGACAUGCAACUUUCUGAUUUGACUUUGUUCCCUUUUAACUUCAAGUCACCAUCUACAUGUUAAUGUAUACAGUAACAGGUUUAUCAUUAUGUGUUUUGUUUUUGUUUUGUUUUUUUAAAUCGCGUGUACUGGUUCUGUAUCACUGUGGUUUUUAGUUGGAACCUGUAGUUUUGAACUAGACAUUUGUUCAUUUGUGUCAUGCUGAAUGCAGUUAAAUUUGCUUGUAAAAUAAAUGAGUGUUAUUUUGAAGCUACUGACCAUCAGUUUGCCAAUUCACAAACAAGUACAGUCUAGUUGUAUGUAGUGAGAUUUUAGAGCUUUGCUUUUCAUUUGCUACGUUGGAUGAAGCUCCACAGUUCAGAUUGGAACAGCCAUUUGUUGGAUUGUGUAAAAUCUAUAAAGCUGUGAAAAAUGGGUCAACCUGAGCUUC